GUGAAGACCUGUAGUGAAUUCCCAGUUGCCCACUUGGCAGGACAAGGUACGUAGGUUGAUCCUUUCUUACCCUUUGAUAUAUAUCCAAAACUCUGGCGUUAUCUUUUCAUCUCCUAUAUAAGGAACCAUUUUGUAACCUAAAUAUUAUAUUCCAAAUUUGGACUUCUUUCAUUUUGAUUCACAUUCUAUGAGACAAAAAAGAAUGGCAGCCAUUAGUCUCGAUCCAAGUCUAAGCCUACAACAUAUUUCCGAUCACCGUCACCAGGCUAUGAUCGAGGAAAUUGAAGGGCUCAUAAGAGUGUACGAAGAUGGACAUGUGGAAAGACCCCAGAUUGUUCCAUGUGUCACAAGCGCACUGUCUUUGAAGCUUGGGGUGACUUCUCGGGAUAUGGUCAUUGACAAGUUCACAAACAUUUGGGCACGUUUUUAUGUCCCAGCAGCUGUCUGCCAUGGGAAGCUCCCUUUGCUUGUCUAUUUCCAUGGAGGCGGCUUCUGUGUUGGCUCGGCUGCCUGGAGCUGCUACCAUGAGUUUUUGGCAAGGCUAUCAGCCGAAGCCGGUUGCCUGAUCAUGUCGGUAAAUUAUCGUUUGGCACCGGAAAAUCCUCUUCCUGCCGCUUAUGAAGACGGAUUAACGGCUCUUAUUUGGUUGAAACAACAAUCUUUACGUGGGGCCAGUGAUCAUCAAUGGUGGUCUAGGCUGUGUAAUUUCUCUAAAAUAUUCCUAGCCGGUGACAGCGCCGGUGCCAAUAUAGCCCACAAUGUGGCCACAAGGCUCGGUUCUAAAAAUGCAGUCGAAGCAACGUCUUUGAAGCCUUUAAGUCUAAAGGGUACUAUUCUAAUACAACCAUUUUUCGGCGGAGAGGCUCGGACACAGUCAGAGAAUUAUAUGGUUCAACCGCCUCGUUCGGCGCUGAGCUUAGCUGCUUCCGAUGCAUAUUGGCGGUUGGCUUUACCGGCUGGAGCUAACCGUGACCAUCCAUGGUGCAACCCUUUGUCGAACAAACUGGAGGAUUUAAAGCUUUUGCCUGCCAUGGUGUGCAUAUCAGAGAUGGAUAUACUAAAAGACAGAAACUUGGAAUUCUGUUCAGCUUUGGCGAGAGCAGGUAAGAGGAGCGAGUACGUGGUGUACAAAGGUGUAGGGCAUGCAUUUCAGGUUCUGAGUAGGGCCCAGGUCUCACAAACCCGAACCCUUGAAAUGGUGGCUCAUAUCAAGGCCUUUAUUACUCGAUGACUCAUCUCGAUCUGUGUACAUGUGCUUGUGUUUGAACUUUUGACUGAAAUAAAAAAUCUUUUCCCUGUCA